GGAGUGUGGAGGAGGUGUGUUUCCCUCCUUCUAAUGUUGCCACAGUAACGGUGCCCGGAUCCCUUUCAUCCUCUCGACACCAGGACGCCGCCAGCCUCUGGUCAAUUCACAAUCAAACACACGCACGGGAACAAGAAUGAAGAGACUGCGGGGCCAUUUUGCUUAAAAUGUAAGGCUAAAGAAAGCAUGUUCUCAGCAUGUGAAGGCGGCAGACCUUACUCGAGUGGGGAUUGUGAGCAGGGAGAAAACGGAACACUACAGCCAAGCAGAGAUGCGGCACAAAAGGCCCAGGGCCAAGGCUUUGAAAGCAUCCUGGAAGGCUUGUUUGGGCCCGGAGUAGUCAAAGAUAGCACUACUUUCCAAGAUUGUGAGCCCGAGGAAGUGUCCGACUGGUCGUUUGAUGACAACUGUCUCUUCUGCUGCAUGCGACGUGAGAAAAUCAAGGAUUACAGUGCCAACGACACUGUCGUCGGCGGCCAGCUGUUGUUGGAGAGUGAGGACGGAAAACGAGAACAGACUCGCCUCAGCCGAUUGGAGAGACAAGCGCAAGACUUCCUCAAUGCUGUGUUUCACAGAAAAGAUCUCCCAAGUUUGUCGGACCCCCACAUUCCGCUAGUGGCUCGAGAGAUCAUGCAGCGAAUGAUCCGUCAGUUUGCAGCCGAAUAUACCUCAAAAACAACUCAGGACGCCCCCCUGCCACCGCUGCCACCCAACGGGGCCAUGAAGGACCAAAGCCUGCCACCCUGCUCGCCCCCGGGGCCGACGCCCGGCUCGCCACCCUCGUCCACUUCCUGCUCCUUGCCGUCGCCCUGCCUCAGCCCCCCUGGCACUGAAGGGGGCCUAACUGCCGCUGCCGCCUCUGCACAGAACCCCGUCCUCAGUAAGUUGCUCAUGGCCGACCAGGACGGCCCGCUGGACCUCACAGUCAAGAAGAACCCGGCUGAGACCGAGAAACCCGCCCAACAGGAUGGCGUUCUAGACCUAUCAACUAAGAAGAACCAGAGUAAUAAACCGAGCUUCUCCUCACCACACGGACUCAAAGGGCACCCCUUGAGGAUGGACCAUUCUGUGAAGGUGGACCAUUCUGUAAAGGUGGACCACUCUGUGCCGGAUGAGUAUGAGGACGACGCCAUGCUGCCGCAAAGCUUUCAAGACGGCCUGCGGGAAAACUUGAUCAACUCCUUUAAGCCGCCGCUAGCACGCUCACUGCGCAUCAAGGAGGAGUUGCUCACCCAGAAGCACCGCCUCCUGUGUCAGCCUGCUGCGCUGUCAUUGGCCAGCCUCGAGUCGGCCGGCCUCUUCAAUCGCGGUCAGUCGCACUCCCUGCCGGGCCAAAAGGGCUCCUCAUCCUACUGGGGCACCAAGGCCCAUCUGGAGAGCCUCAUGAAGGUGAAGCAGACCAGUGGGGCCCUGAGUGGAGCCCUUGGAGACCUCAAAGACCUACCUACGUUCCUAGAGAACCACCACAACCACCACGGAGCCUUCUCCUUCAAGAAUUCACUGAUUCACAACCACAAUCAGGUCUCUAAGGCCCAGAAUCACCACCAUAACGCCAAGCGGGACCAGUCACCUCCCGUUGACCUGAAGAUCCCACAGGUUCGGGGCAUGGAUCUCUCUUGGGACUCCUCUGCCUCUGAGCUGUAUGGUUUUGGCGGAAUUGGACCUGGAGGUGGUAGUGGACUCAGUGAGAACGCUUUGAGCCGGAAGCUGAGAGCCAUCCUGCCCAAGCAGAACCGGCGGGGCGGGAGCUUGGGAAGCCUGCUGGACGGCGCGGCGGAAUACUGGACUGCUGACCUGGAACACUCCGCCUCCGGGCCAGCAUAUUCCACCUCGGAUGUGGAGGGGGACCCCAACUCCAAGCAACCGCGGAAGAAGAGGGGGCGCUAUCGGCAGUACAACAGCGAAAUCUUGGAGGAGGCCAUCGCCGUGGUGAUGAGUGGCAAGAUGAGCGUCUCCAAGGCGCAGAACAUGUAUGGCAUCCCGCACAGUACUCUGGAGUACAAAGUCAAGGAGCGUAUGGGUACCCUGAAGAAUCCCCCAAAGAAGAAGCUCAAGCUGAUGAUGAAAAUGGAGGUGGGCGGCGCGGAGUUCCCCGGUGACGUGGAGAGUACGCCUGCCAUCACCCCGCGCAACGAUGCUGCUGCCACACCCCCCUCCCUCAGGCCUGCUGAGCUAAAGGUGGACGUCAAGGAAGAGAUGGAACCUGUCGAUUAAAAGCAACCUCACUAGACACCUCCAGAACCACGGGGCUUUUUUUGUGCCAAUUUCCUUUGCAGUAUCCUGGCCGAGCACAAACGCAGGGAUGAAAACAAAGUUUCUCUGAGAAAAAAAAACACUAAUUGGAAUCAUUUUUCUUGAGACUUUUGUACCUAAGACAAACAACGACAAUUUUAAGAAAUCUUCUCAAGCAUGCGGCAAACCCCCACUAGUGUGCAAAAGGAGUGGAAAAAUUUCCAAUUAUUAAAUGGAAAGUUUUUGGAGUAUUUGGAUGGAAAGUUAAAUUGGGGAACUUUGGAAAUGUUUCUUUUCCAUGGGAAUUAACUGCGAAUUCAGGGUAAUUCAGUGAAAAGACAUCAUAUUUGAGCAUAUAUACAUGUUUUGUUUGUUAUGACCAGAGAUCCACGCAAAAUUGAUAGUGUUUCUUAUCCACAUGCAAGAGUUUAAAUGGUCCAUUUGCUCCCCACCCCUCCCCCUGCCCCACUUCACUUGAGGCGGUAUGGUGGAUGACUGGUUAGCACACAGCGCUGUAGACCCAGGUUUAAAUCCGGCUUCACCUGUGUGGAGUUUGCAUGUUCUCCCCGUGCUUGCGUGGUUUUUUUUCAGGCGCUCUGGUUUACUCCCAGAUGCCAAAAACAUGCAUGGUAGGUUGAUUGGAGACUUUAAAUUUCCCGUAAGUGUGAGCGUGAGUUUCUUUCUAUGUGCCCUGCAAUUGGAUGGCUCCCAGUUCAGGGUGUACCCUGCCACUUGCUCAAAUAUACCUGGGAUAGACUCCAGCACUUUUGCGACCCUAGUAAGGAUAAGCGAUACAUAAAAUGGAUUGAUGGAUAGGUCACUUGAGUAGCGGUAUAUCCGAAGCUUGGAAAUAUGGAAACUAGAAAAACCUGUGAGUCGGGGCACUUGUGCUGUAAUUGCAUAUUAUUUGGUUGUUUUAGUCAGGAUUAUACGAAAAUAUGUCUGAGUUAGGAUCUAUUGUAAUAUCCUGAUUUAGUCCCAUAAAUUCCCCUUAAUUCCCAUGGAGUGUUUCCAACUUUGAAAAUUUCCAGAAUUUUGCAACCCUCAUCCUCGGCCCGUAAAACCUUUAAAUCCAACACACCUUGCCUCCCACAGCUUCUCGGGAACCUGGAACCUUGCCACUUAUGAAUGCAGUCACUUGGGAACACUCCAAUUUGGGCAGAAGGACAAAAAGGUGUGUGUGGGAGGGGUUUACAGUUUAAAAAAAAUUGGUGAAUGACUAUUUAGUGUACAUCUGAAUCAACGCCGUCAAGAUUCCUCAUCAGGGUUGUGAAUCGGAAUCCGCCUGCCAGGUAGCCAUGAUGCUUUAACUGCAAGACCUUUCUUUCCUGCCCACAAUGUCCCGGCGAGAUUUGCGGGGAACAAGAAGACACAACAAGAAGUCAUUCAGGGAUGCAUGUUUGUGAGUUUUGUGACAAACUACUGACUGGUGAGAUCAUUUUUUUCCUCCUUUAUUUUAUUUUUAUUUUUUUGGUUUUGCUUUCUUUUGCACUACACUUUGGGUCCGGCGCUCUGGCGGACCAGGUUACCUCGGCAUUGUUGCCCCUCGCAUCAUGCACUUAUUACGGUCCGUCUCACAAGCCGGGUCGGGAGGGCCCGCCGACGCCGCUGCCUCCAGAUCUGAAUGCGGAUCAGCUGUAGCGACGGUGGCGCUACCUCAUGGACCUUCAUCGGUGUCUGACCGUGGAAGGCUGUCUCAGUUUCGGCCAUUUAAGAUGGCUUGAAGCUCGGCUGCCAUCCACUCGAUGAGACCCCGCUCCUAUGCUUAUGUUUUAGCGGGGCCUUGGCGAACAGCUUGAGCUAGCUAACUAGCCUCGUCUAAACCAGGACAUUUUGCUGAUGUUUUUUUCUCCUCUUUUCCUUUUUCUCUUCUAAUCAAGCUCAGUUAAUCGAGUUGCCCUCCAUCCAAUUUCAAGUUUUAAAGGCAGUUUACUACGAUAAUGUGCAUUUAUAAUGGGGCUGGGAGGGGGGAUUCAUAUGCAGUGGGAGUGGGGGGCUUAGUUGAUAGUCAAAUUUAAUAUAUUAUAAAUUAUUACGAAAAGCCAAUUGUUUCUUUUCUGCUGGUUAUGAACUCAGGGUGUAACUGAGACGUGGCUUUCAAACGAGACUAUUUAGCAAAAACAAGUGGUGCAGGGGGCUAGCUUAGCUAAUACACUGCAUUGUGCCGCAACUCCCCCAACCCAAAAAAAAAAAAAAACGAAAAAACACCACAACACUCCCAACUAUCCUACUACUAAUACACAUCAUAGAGCACUUUGGGACAUAUUAGACACUAGGUUGCGCAUGUAGCCUAGCUUUUAUCUGGUAGAUGGGGGAGGGGGGCUUGGGGGGAGCCGCGGUGCUAGCUUUAGCGCACCGAGACAUCACUUACAUCUGCCUCCCACUGGGGAGGGGGAAUGAAGUGUUUUUUCCCAGCUCCACGCUGACAAAGAGGCCGAAAAAAUAUCACUCAGAAGACGGAAGAAAAGAAAAAAAAUCUUUUUUUUGCUGUCUUUUGUACAGAGCCCCAGACAUGAUAUAAGGGAAAGAGUUUAACCCUGGCCACAAUAUAGAUAUGUGUGCAAAAAAAAAAAAAAAAAAAUCAAUUUGUGCACACAAAAUACUAAUUUGUGGCCACAAAGUGAGAGGACAUUUUGUUUCUAUUACUAAUGUGCGUGCCAUUUGCUUGCCCAGGCAACAAAUUUGUGUGGGAAUGAGGUCAAACAAAGUAUAUAAUAUAAGUAUAUAAAUAAUGUGUACACAAAAUACUCAUCAUUGGCAAAAAUAAGGUAAAAUAUACUUUGCAAAUGAAUAAUAUUGAUAUGAUUCCUGGACAAUUGGGUAAGCAAAUGGAGCUUAUCUUUUCUUGAAAGGUGAUGCUUUCUUUUCGAGGAAAUUUUGCAGUUUUUAGCAAAGAUAUGCUGCAUUGCUUAGCGAGAGGUCCACAGCUUCAUCAUGCGGAAUGAUAUGAAUGAUAAGCACACGAAAUAGUAUUUUGUGUGCAAGUCAUAUCUAUGUUGUGGUCGCAGUAAUGUCUGGAGUGCCGUACUACACUUUAGUUUGAUAGCUUUUUUUUUUUUUUGUUUUGUUUUGCUAAAUGUUGUUUGCUCUGCAUGCUUGCCUGGUGAGAGAGCUCUUUUGACCCUGACAAUUCACUCGUCUACUUGUAAUGUACAUGUAUUUAUUUGAUUGUUUUCCUUGAAAAUGGCAUGCACCACUUUAGUUUGGUGCUGAUUAUUCAUGAUAGGACGCGGUCUGGGGCCCAUUGGAUACUUAUUUAAUUAGCAGCGCUUGUUAGCUGUUUCAUACAAUCCCUCGUGGCCUGAUUGGCGGGUAUGCGUGGCCAAGGGGAAAAGACAUCCUGCAUGAAAUGCAUCCACACUUUGAACAAUGCCGAGCAUUAAAAGUGUCUAAAAAGAAAAAAAAAGGUUCUGACUCGGGACCAAUCACAGCUACGAAACAAAUAGCCAUCCAUUUUGUUUUUAGGAUGCAGCACUUGAAUUUGUUUUAAAAAAAAUCAAACAAUAUAAUUGGCACUUUUGCACAGAGUUUUGCGUGAACAAACUAGUAGCACUUACCACUUCAUUUUGAUUGAAGACAUUACUGCAACAGAAAUGCGGAAAAAACAUUUGUUGUGCAACCACAUAUACCGUAAUUUCCGGCCUAAGCGCGCACCGGAUUAUAAACCUCACGCAGUACAUAUGUUAAGGAACCAUACCAUUUGGUACAUACAUAAGCCGCACUUGUGUAAAAGCCGCAAGUGCUCACAUUGAAACCAGCAUUGAAACACGAGAUAUUUACAAAGAAAGAUGGUACACAGAAAUAGUUUUCAAAGUUUUGAUACCUUAGCUUAUCUUGACAUAGCAACAACACGGUAGCAUGAACAGGCCUGGUUAAAAAAAAAAAAAAACAUACCGGUAAAAAACAAAAAAAAAACAGCCGCAGCAGCUACACAGUAGCAACAUGGUAGCACAGCACUAACAGAGCUGGUUAAAAAAAAAAAACAUACCUAAAUCACUGAAAGGCGGCAUUAACACAGCAGAAACACGCUAGCAUGGGGUUAACAGGGCGGAUAAAAAAAACAUACCGGUAAAAAUCACUGACACAUGGCAGUAACACAACACCAACACACUAGCGCAACGCUUACGCUAGCACAGCGCUAACAGGGCCGGUUCAAAAAAAAACAUACCGAUAAAAGUCAGUUCCUCGCACAUAUAUUCCACUGGUCUCACGCUUACCUUUUCCACUCGAGUGCCCCCUUGCUGCUGUUAGAAAAAAUCCGCAAAACAGCCCCAUCACCGCAUAAAAUGCAGGAUUGAAAGCAUGUGAAAAACGUUGCGGCAUAUAGGCUGGAAAUUACGGUAAAACCACUUAGUUUUAUAAGGAUAAUUGUGCAAAUGUACAAAAACUGAAAAUUGAAAAAAUAAACUAUACAAUGUCAAGGAAAUACCUGAUUGUCUAACACAACAAAGGCAGAUGAAAUAAGGUGUCUAAAUUGAAUAAUUACAUCUUAACACAGCUCCGGAAUAAAAACGUGUUGGCAUUAUUUGCUAUUUUGGCCAUUCUUCAUUUAAUGCAAAAAAAAAAAGCUCUAAAUAAUACUUGUAUUUGGAAUUUUGGGAGUUGUCAAUAUUUGAAAAAAACGAUCAUUUUGAAGUGGUCUCUUAAUUUUGUCCAGAGCUGUAAAUAUAUUAAUAAUAGUUAGCAAAAGUGUCAGUGAAAAAAAUAAAACCCUAAAUAUACUACCUUAUCCAAGAAAAAAAAGCACUGUUCUUCGUCAAUUCUAAAAAAUAAACAAACAAAAAACUUUGCGGCUGUUGACUGUUAAUUGCUAUUGGGGAGGCCCCCUUGUUCCUUAACGCUGCCGUGAGCACUCAAGCGUUUCAAGAGCCCGCUGGACUGGGGGGGUGCAUGCCAUUUCUUUUGCUGUCGCCCCGCCUUGGUUUUUGACUCUCCAAGGUCAUAACAGCAAUGUCCCCCUCACACUAAGUGACACACUAUAUGAUAGCAGGAUCAAUGUAUUUGUACACAACACGCUGGCUCUCAUGUUGAAUGUAGAAGAGAACGGUAGCCUUCAAUACUGUAAAUGUCUCAGGAUGCAGCCAGCGGGAUGAGGGCAGCAAUAUUAGUCAGUCGGAAAAAAAAAGCGGCGCACAUAUGUAACUACCUGAAGCAGAUGGACGUAUUUAAAGAUGAUAUGAAUAGAGUAUGAAAGAUGAUAUAUGGAUCACACGUUAUACCUCAAUCUCACAAGAAGGACUUUGCUGUGCCUCGUACUUAGCUGUAUCCAAGUGACGGGAAACAUAUUUUUCCCUACGCUAGCACUGUUUUUUUUUUUUUUUUUUUUCUUGUUUCUUUUUUUCAAGUCUCCUCCCUCUUGCUGGGGGUGAGGCGUUCAGUGUCUGACUGACCAAUAUUUGCCACCCUACCUCGUCUUUCUUUAUUCUUUCACACACAAACACACUCACGAGACAACCUUAGAGAAGUCGCAGCAGAUCCCAGCGGGACACCUAAAAAAGUUUUUGGGUUUCAGUUGUCAGGUUCACUACCUUCCAGGGGUGACGAAAACUAACUCAGUUUUUUGUUGCCCGGACUUUCUCACCGAAGGAAUCGGAGACAGGACGCGAGGCGGGAAAACGUGAUGCGUUUAUGUCGUAGAUGUUUGGUCCGAUCAUUUAGAUGUUUUUGUCUCCAAGACUGCCAGAAAAGAAAAAAAAAACUACAAACCUCACAGAUGCCACGUUGGCCGCUGCCAUCUUGUCCACGCCUGUUGUGGUCAUUUCCUCUUGUGGUUGUCGUGGAUACCUCAGGUCUGACUACUUUAUCAAAGCAGUUGAUUGUACAAUAGCAACACAUGAACCAUGAAGAAUCAGGACUUUUAGUGCCGCCACUUUCCAGAUUUUUAGUCCUUUUUAAGAGACCCUUCUAGUCGAUGUUGUUUUCCUUCUACCCUUGAGGGGAAAAAAAAAGUUCUUUACCCAAGUUUUAAAAGUCAGGUUUUCUGUGAAUACGUACUGUCGUGUUCCCUCUAGCGCACACUUACA